UUUUCGAUUGGUUCCCUUCUUUACGAGGAGGGAGAGGUCACAAUGGCGGUGACAAGAGGCAAGGCCUGCCACAUGAACUGAGGAAUGAAAAGUAGAUAUAAAUUUUAAGUAUUCUUGAGUAUUUCUGUCUUUUUAAACAGUAGUUGAUCAACAAUGGAGGAGGAUGAUAAUCCGUAUGAAACGUUGGACCCUUCUUCGUCGAUGGCUACGCACAUGUUAGCCGGUGCGGCAGCGGGGAUUAUGGAGCACACGGUCAUGUAUCCUGUGGAUUGUGUAAAGACACGUAUGCAGUGUCUCGUUCCAGACCCAAAGGCAGAUUACAGAAGUGUGGCAGAUGCGUUAAGGAAGAUUGUUCGCCAUGAAGGAGUACGUAACACUGUCCGUGGCUUCAGUGCUAUGGCGAUCGGGGCAGGCCCUGCCCAUGCUCUGUACUUUGCUUGCUAUGAAAAAUUCAAGCAUGUUCUGAGUGGUGGAAAACAGGGGAACCACUUUGCCCAUGGUUGUGCUGGCUGUGCUGCCACUCUGUUACACGAUGCUGUCAUGAAUCCAGCAGAUGUUGUUAAACAGCGUAUGCAGAUGUAUGGCAGUCCCUAUCAGUCAACUUUUCUUUGUUUUCGAGAUAUUCUCCGUACGGAGGGGGCAGUGGCCUUCUACCGGAGUUACACCACUCAAUUGUCAAUGAACAUACCUUUUCAAGCCACGCAGUUCAUUAUGUACGAGAUCAUGCAGGACUAUUUGAACCAUGAUCGUAAUUACGACCCGUCCUCACAUAUCGUGGCUGGGGCGGUGGCUGGUGCUGUGGCUGCUGGGAUAACAAUGCCACUGGAUGUGUGUAAGACUUUACUCAACACACAGGAGCACUGUGCAAGGACUCAUUUGACAUACAUCAGUGGCAUGGCUUCGGCAUUUCGAACCGUCUACGAGUUUUGUGGCAUCUCUGGCUUUUUCCGUGGCUUGACUGCUCGAGUCAUCUACCAGAUGCCGUCCACUGCCAUAUCAUGGUCAGUGUACGAGUUCUUCAAGUACAUCAUCUCUCAACAGCGGAAACAACCAGAUGACAGAUACCUCAGUUCAGUGCAUAUAGCUGCAGCCACUGCCAGGUGAUUAACAAUUUACAAGAGUAUGUAAGUCCCUGCAGACAGAUAACAAGAGAGCAGGGGUUCCACAUCACAGCCACCCCUGCACAGCUCAAGUCCCCUGUCCCUUCUGGAGUCAGCUUCAAUGAGUGAUAGUCUUACUACUACUGUUGGAACGUUUUGCUGUGAUGUUUGACUUGCGUGCUUCUUCCUGUGAUGAGAAAAAAACAACUUGCAAAACCCAAAUUUUUUCACCUGGUUAAAAUUUUCUUUGAUUUAAGUGAAGAAUACCUCUCCCCUUUGUGCACAUGUAUUAAGAGUUCUCUUUGCUGUUCUUUCUUUGAUGGCAAGAGAUGUCAUCCAUAUGUGUGCGUGUGAGGGAGGGAGUAUUGUUGACUAUUUGCUGCUAUUCUUUAGAUGAAACAAUCAGCGCCAUUUUGUCACUGUCACGAGAAAAUUGAGUAAUUCUGUUUGGUCCUGGUAUACAAGGUGCCGAGUUAGUAAAAUAAUUGAAGUCGCUCAGUUUUCUUGCGACAGCGAUGAUAUAUAUGCUUCAAACCUGUCAUGUGAAAACAGUCAUCAAAUUCCUAGUGAAAAACAGUUUAAGGAAUUCAUACCCUAGUUGAAGGAAUUCGUACCAUAAUACCAUAAUACACUGAAACCACAAUAUACAUAUAUAUGAGUUUUAAGAACAGAAAACUAUAGAUUUCCAAGUGGUUGAUCAGUUUUAUGUAGGUCUGUCGCAUUGUUCUAUAGUUUAGGAAAUGAGACAACAAAAAUUUUAAUAUUUUACUGUUGUUUAGAUAUUUGACCUUUUGUUUCAGUUUCUGUUUGGUGAGAAACUUCAUGAAAAUGCCAUGUUAGUAUUGUUAGUACAAAACUGAUGAGCAUGAUAUUGAAAUUCUGAAGUCCUAAAAAAAUCACAAUUCAUGUGCAGUCCAUUAUUUAACCGUAAGUAUGUUUUUUAAAAUAAAAAUGUACUUUCGGUAUUUAGGAUUUUGUUUAUAUCAAAAUACUUGAAAAAUAUCUCCCCUAAGUCUAGUGGUUGCAUUGCGUAAUAUUUUUAUUCUUGGUCUUCAGCUGCAUUAGUGUAUCAAAGAUAUACAUAUAUAGUAGAGUCUACUUAUGAGGAUCUUGCAUAACGUCAGUGCUGUUUUAUGACUUAAAAACUGCAAGUAUCCUGAUUCCUUUCGAUAUAAUGAAAACAAUUCUUACAAUGAAACCUCAGCAUAACGUACACGUCUAAAAAACACAGCAUUGGCUGUAAAUUCUUUCUGAAGCCCGAAGUCCCUUUUAGUAUUUUUGCUUUUUUAGGAUAAUACAUACCUUGGCUAAGAUGUAAAAAAAAUUACGUCCAAAGGGAUUACAUUAUACCAAAGUUUUCUACUGUAUUUUGGUUAUACAGUUGGUAAAGAUAUUUGACAGACGUUGUCAGCAUCUAUAAAUGAUACUUUUGUGUGCCUGAUUCCUGUAAUGGGACUCUGCUGUAUAAUGUUAGGAGAAUUGAAAAAGACCAUUGUCAUUUGGACUCCUGCUACCAUCAAGGAGUAACUCUACCUUGUCAGAUGCAGAACAUCUACAAGCUCUUUGUCCAUAGUUUGCCAGCACUCUGUUCUCUCGCUCUCUUUUCUCUGCUUAUGUGGCCUAUGUCUUGUGGUUAUAGAGAUUCAUUUUACCUUUGGGUCACUUUUCAGUCUUCCCAAUUCAAAUUUUGUCUGUGCUCAUUUUUCUCACAAUUGCCUUGCUUUCAGCACUUUGCUUCCUUCUCUCUUUUCCCAUAACCGUAAAUGUGGACGUCAUGAGUCACCAAGAAGCAAAGUGAUAAAAUUUGUGUCUGUCUCUGUUAAUGUGUGCCACAGAAGCAGGUGAGGGGUGAGUUGCUGAGGCUGGCUUUUCCUCUUGUCAGGUGAAGAACGCCUACAAGACUAUUGUAAUUAUAUGGUUUUGAUAUGGUCGUGGUAGCUGGUUGGUUCAUCCACUAAACAGAUUUACUUGUUAAAGCGUAGAGAUGAUUAUUAUUUUUGUGGUGGUAUUUGCUCUUUGCAAAUCAAAUAUUAUAUUGUACUUCACUAAUUUCAGAUAUUAUAUGGGAAUUCCCUUACAACACUUGUCAAGUUUAGAAGACUUACAAGUUCUUGUACAAAAGUGUUUUUGAUCUAGUGCUUAGAUUUACUUGUGAGGCCUUUGGAUUGUUUCCAUUUCAUGUUUUGCACUCUGAAUUUUGAGUGAUAUUUUAUUUUUUUAAUGCAGUUUGAACAACUUGUCAGACCGAGAAGGUUUACAAGUUCUCUGUACAUGUAUUUCCAAUUGCUUCUGACUUUUUGCUCUCAUUGCUUUAAACUUGUACUAAAAUUAAAAGUAAACUCUUCCUAAUGUAAGCAGAUAAUACACAGGUCAAUGGUAGAUUACACUCAAUUUGCAAGCUAACACUCCAGAUAUUUGCUGGAUCUCAAUGAAGCACAGCUGGAUCUGGCCUGGCAUACAUGCCUCCCAGUUGAUUUGGCAGUCAUAAAAAUGUCAUAGCUUGUUGCAUGUGAAUGUGGAGGUAGAAGUUGCUGACACAAGUUUUUGUUUGAGUGAAUGAAGACUGGCUGAUGUAAAACUGGGUGUGUGUGUGUGUGUAAGCUUUAGCAUGAUGGAUAUAUGUGUGAAUGUUCCGUUUUGAGCCUUUGCAAUUUGUUAUAGGCUAGUUUGUAACUGUGUGCACGCAUCACUCCUUUUCCAGAUAUUUGACAGUUUCAUGUCAAAUUGAGGACGUUUACAGGGAAUCUCAAGCCUGUGUGAUAUUUUCGUUUUAACGGUACCCGGUAGUGACUCCAACGAGAUGGCUGGCAUUUGUACUUGAAGAGUCCGCUCAGUCACAGUUGUGUGCAGCCACGAGCUGGGAGAGUUUUUGUUUUAAACUAUUUACACUUUGUUAUUUAUGAAGUGGGGUUUCUUUUUCACAAAUGGAUAGACACAGUUUACAAGGAUUGCCCAUGACUCAGUUAACACUUGAAAAGUUUAUGAGAUUAAUAUUUGUCGGUACUGAAGCACAAGUAUUAGGGAGGAAUUUAUUUUGCUUUGGAGUUCUCAGUCCAACUGUUUUCAGCAAUCUUUUGUUUACCAAGGGCUGCUUAAGUGUGUGCUGAGACUUAUUAUGUACAGAAACAUGUGCGUGAAUUGCGGGUGUGAAUGAUUGUUCCUGAUAUUUUUUUGAUCAGCGGUUUUGUUGACUCCUUCGGGCUUUCAUGAUGACGUUGGAAUUAAAUCAAAUGAAAGAUGAGCUUAGUUGUAAGUCAACGGUCUGAUGAAGGUUGUUCAUAUUUUUCUUACUCCACACGGAUCAUUUUUGUUUGUUGGGGGGAGAGAAAAAAGUCAUAGUGAUAAGUGCAUUUUUAUUGAACUAUGAUGGCAGAGGUAGGUUGUAUUUUGUAGCUGUGGUAUAUUUAUUACCAUGUGACACAGUAGAUAUGAAGCUUUCCCUGAAACUGAGGUAUACAUCAUCCAAAAUGUUAAAGGUCGGGUUGAUGUAAAACUUUGCUUUUACUAAAUUCUGUUUCAGGAGCAAAACGAGACUGAUUUUGGUCAAUGGAAACAAUGAAAUGUUAGAAAUAAAACAUUUCAAUUUCUACUUGUCUCUUGGACUCUGCCUCAAUUUAAGUGGCAUGGAAUCAGAUAGCAACCUUUUUGUCAUUCAGACAAGUUGUCAUCUCGUUGAAUGAAACAAGACUGAAAUGAAACUCGAACAAGAAGGAUGACUUCCUUUAUCAUACCUGGCUUACUUUAUCAGAGUGGUUGUUCAAAUCAUUUGGCGGGAUAAAUUUGUGUGAAUAGGAGUAUUGAGAUAAGCCACUCCUGUCUAGGUUCUGUAAUGUGUUGGUCAUAUGACUUGUUUGCUUGUGCCCCCAAGUAGCAAUAGAGCACACUUGUGCCAGCGACAUUGGUAUGUGUUAAAAGAUCGAAAAAA